AACUAAUGGAAUUGUUACAAUCCAUACCAAUUAAAAUAAAAAUAACUUUGAUGAUUUUCAGGUAUUUUAGUGUUGUGAUGGAAAGCUGCUUCCUCAUUUAACUUAAAGCAAUUGAACUGUACACAUCUCAAUAUACCAUUGAUGAUCAUAUCAGAGGAGGAUUACAAAGGAAAGACAUGUGUUACUAUCGCAUUAACUAUUAUCAUUUUGUUCUGCUUAAUUUGUAAUCACUAAAGAAGAAAGUGUUUUAACAGAAAAAUGAUCUUCAAGACGGAAUAUUUCCGGUAUUUGCAUAUAUAACAGCUCUGAAUUAGUCUCAACAGCUUUUAACAUGUCAAAUAAUAUAUCUACUACCGGAAACUUUUCGUCCGGUGUCACCGAGAUGAUGUCUCAAAAUACUGUGCAGAAUGGAACAAUAUGUUAUCUAAAUUACUGUGGCGAACAAUUGGACGGCAUCAGGGAAGAAAUGGAGAAUUAUAUUAAACCAGCUUGGUAUGAAUGGAUUGUAAUUAUCAUUUAUAUAAUAACAUUUAUGGUCGGGUUGGCCGGAAAUGUUUUGGUAUGCUUUGCAGUAUGGAGAAACCGACAAAUGCGGACUGUAACUAAUAUGUUUAUUGUGAAUCUUUCCGUCGCCGAUUUGGGUAUUAUAAUUAUAUGUUUACCUCCGACGUUACUGGUGGACGUUACUGAAACCUGGUUUAUGGGUCUUGUUAUGUGUAAACUAGUUUAUUUCCUUAUGACUGUAUCAAUAUCUGUCUCAGUAUUGACUUUGGCCGCCAUUGCCGUAGAACGAUGGUAUGCCAUCUGCCGUCCAUUGUCGUUUAAAAGUACACGAAAGAGGGCAAGGAUUAUGAUCAUUGUGAUAUGGUUGGUUUCAGGUUGUGUGGCACUUCCAGACAUUUUAUUCAUGCAACUGGAUAGUUUGGUACCUGAUUUUGUGUCUUCAUUGUUGAUAUCGUGUCGUCCAGGAUGGGACCAAGACAAACAAACAUUUUAUCAGGUUGCCUUAAUUGUCCUAUUGUAUUUCUUACCAAUGAUUUUUAUUGGAUUUGCCUAUAUACAGAUUGCCUUUGUUCUUUGGAAAGGUGAUAUACCCGGUGAAAGUAAGAUGAGAACAGUUACAGCAUCCUCCAGACCAAUGAUGGAUAGUAAGAAGAUGAACAUAGCUAAUGACCAGCUUGCAGCAAGACGUAAAGCGGCACAAAUGUUAAUUUCGGUUGUUGUGGCGUUUGCUGUAUGUUACUUUCCAGUUCAUUUGUUAAAUAUACUCAGGUAUGCAGGGGUUCACAAGUCCAUACCAGAGAAUGGUUUUAGGGCUUACAAUUACAUUGCACAUUGGUUGCCUUAUCUGAACAGUUCCACAAAUCCAAUCAUUUAUAACUUCAUGAGUGCUAAGUUCAGAAAAGAGUUCUUUCUAGCAUGUCGGUGCUCGUACAGAAUAACAGAGAGAAGUUCAAGCAGACCAGGAAUGACCUUCUCAAGUACACAUUACAGUAACCAUGAAGGUCAAAGACACAGUUGUCAUACUGAGCAGAUUUCCUUGACAACAGUUAGAUAAAACAAUGUAUAAUGAUGCACUGUGGUCAUUUUUAUUCAGCAUAUCAUACUAAAGAGGUGCAAUUACACAAAUGUGUCUGUGCUUACCUUGAAACUUGAUCCUUUUAGCGAGAUAUUUAUGUAAAGCCAUCAACCCAAGUUUCACUAUUCUAACGAUUGCAUGUAUCCCAAUAGUCGAGUUGAUCAAAGAUAAAAUCAGUGAUAUUAGGUGACAAGUGCUUAUAAAAAUUACGCAACCCAUCAUACAAUGAUAACUGUUAUCCCUCUGGACCCAAACACCUCCAAAAUUAAGAAGAAAAAAUCAAGAAACAUUUGUUCAUAUUUUAGACCAAGAUAAGUUCAUAUCCACGUUAUUCCUAAACGUAUUUAAAAUUCAUGUUUAUGAUCAGCGAUGUUUUCGCUAGGGAUACAUUUACGUUAGAUGAAGCCACUUCAAAUGAUUUUUAUACCGGAUUAUGAGUAAAUGUUAGUCUUAAAGGUAUGGUUCAACUAUAAAUAGAUUUUUUAAGGAAACAUCGGUUAUCCCGUGUCUCAGACCCCGGAGUAGUUCCACGACACAUACAUUCCAAACAAUAGGCCAAGGCUGUGAUUUGCAGUUAUAUCUAUAUCAAAAAUUUAGUGCUUUGAAAGAUAACAUACCACAGCUGAUCAAUUUCCGGUGAUAUAUUACUUUUUAAUGAAACUAAUAGUGUAUUCCUUUUUUUUGUCUGAACCAUUAACAUUGUGCGAUACAAACCUGUUAUGUAUUCUCUUACUUAUAUAAUUCUUUUCAAAUGCUUUUUGGAACCUGAAUAAUUUAUGUUUAAUGAAAGUUUUAUUUAUUGUUUCAGACUGUAAAGAUCACAUGAUUAAUUUAUUAAUGUUUUUUGGUAAAAUAUCCUGCAUUUGGGUAUUCAGAGUGGUUGUAUUGUGUUAAUAUAUCAUACCUAAAUGAUCGCCAUCCACUUCAUUUGAACUUCUGUUGAUAGUUGUUUCAUUGAAACUUUAUUUAUACCAAAGGCUAUUGUGAAAUCAAAACAAGUAUCACAGAUUUUGUAACCGUUUUUUGUUCCCGUCAUAAUCAUCAUCUAUUUAUUCCCAGUGUACAAAAUCAACAGGUGUUUUUCUUAAUCUUACAGAUUAUGGAGUUCUCGUGUAAAUUUAAGGAAGCCUUCAACAGUAAAAGACACAACAAGUUUUUUUUAAAUUCCAUGGAUAAUUCUUAAUAAAAUUGAGAAUGGAAGUGGGGAAUGUGUCAAAGAGACAACAACCCGACCGUAGAAAAAAAACAACAGCAGAAGGUCACCAACAGGUCUUCAAUGUAGCGAGAAAUUCCCGCACCCGGAGGUGUCCUUCAGCUGGCCCCUAAACAAAUAUAUACUAGUUCAGUGAUAAUGAACGCCAUACUAAUUUCCAAAUUGUACACAAGAAACUAAAAUUAAAAUAAUACAAAACUAACAAAGGCCAGAUGCUCCUGACUUGGGACAGGCGCAAAAAUGCGGCGGGGCUAAACAUGUUUGUGAGAUCUCAACCCUCCCCCUAUACCUCUAGCCAAUGUAGAAAUGUAUAUAAAGGAGACAACAAUUCUACACAAUAACAAAAAAAAUAAAAAUACUUCUUAUGGUAAACCAGUCGAUAGAUUUAUCAUGUUAACCUAUUUGGAUAUUUAGCCACAAAAUGUCCAAUACUGUAUGCCAUUUGCCGUGAUCUACGUUUCAAUAUCAGCGAUGACUGGACAUCAUAAAAUCAAGGUUAAAUAAUUUCACUUUUUCCCUGUUGGACUCUAAUUGUGAUAUACAUGUAUUAAGUGUUGUAAAUGUGACAAUAUUACAAUAAAGUAGUUGUUAUUUUAUGA